GGUCCGUCUGUCAGUGAAUGUUUAUCAAUUUUUGGGGUGUGGAGCAGAAAAUUGCUUAAAAAUUCCUAAAAUCCAGUGAAAAGAGUGCAUUUGGGAUUAACAGAAUCAUGGCCAAGAAUACUGCCAGCUCAGCCUUUAGGAAAAUCGACGUGGACCAGUACAAUGAGGACAAUUUCAGGGAAGAUGAUCCAGACUUUGGCGGUCCUGGAGGUCCAGAUGAGAAUGAAAUCAGCGGCUUGAUGAAUCAGGGAAAGCACUUUGAAGCUCUCAGAUCGGUACUUCAGAAUGCUCCACUCGGCUCCAAGAACCAGCAAGUCAAGGACAAUGCCCUCAAUAUGACACUGAGAGUUCUCCUGUCCAUAAAAUCAUCCCAAAUGGAUGGUGCAAUUGAUUUCCUGGAAGAUCCGGAACUCUUCGACGUCCUCAUGAAGUAUAUUUACCGAGGAUUUGAGAUUCCAUCAGAAGGAUCCAGUGGACACUUGCUGCAAUGGCAUGAAAAAGUCUUCAAUCGGGCUGGAGUUGGAAGCAUCGUGAGAGUUCUCUCGGACACAAAUCGCGCUUAGAACUUGCCCAGAAGCAUAUUUAUACCAUUUGUUACAUCCUGAAACUGUAAGAUUUUAUGCAAUACAUUCACAAGAGACUUUCCUCAGA